GCUGUAUUUACCUUUGCUCUCUCCUCUCUGCCAGAUGAGCAAUACCACGCACACCGACCUGUCCUCUUCCACCGAGGGUGGGGUAGGUGUGACCAGCAUGGCUGGCAGCACGCUGCAGACCAGGAUCUUCCCUCUGACCGACUCCAGCCAUCUCUCCCCUGAAGACGACUCCCCGCUGAGGGCCCUCCAGAACUACUCCCAAGAUGGCCAGCAAAUUUUCCUGACCACUUCGGCAGCGCAGGUGAUCUCCGGAAUCUUUGUGUGGUCAGCACUGAUUCUCACCAUCCACCAGAUCUACAUGCACCUGAGGAACUACACCAUUCCUAACGAGCAGCGCUACAUCAUCCGCAUCCUCUUCAUUGUGCCUAUCUACGCCUUCGACUCCUGGCUCAGCCUCCUCCUCAUUGGAAGUCACCAGUAUUAUGUAUACUUCAACUCUGUGCGUGACUGCUAUGAAGCAUUUGUAAUCUACAGUUUCCUGAGUCUCUGCUUUGAGUACCUUGGAGGGGAGAGCACCAUCAUGUCUGAGAUCCGGGGGAAGCCCAUCGCGUCCAGUUGCCUUUAUGGGACCUGCUGCCUGCAAGGAAUGUCCUAUUCCAUUGGGUUCCUCCGAUUCUGCAAGCAGGCGACACUGCAGUUCUGCAUUGUGAAGCCCCUCAUGGCGAUCGUCACCAUUGUCCUGCAGGCAUUCGGGAAAUACCAUGACGGCGACUUCAACAUUCACAGCGGAUACCUCUACAUCACCAUCAUCUACAACUUCUCUGUCAGCAUGGCCCUCUACGCGCUCUUCCUCUUCUACUUUGCCACCCUGGAGCUCCUGCGCCCCUUUGAGCCAGUCCUCAAGUUCCUCACCAUCAAGGCCGUCAUCUUCCUCUCCUUCUGGCAAGGGAUGCUGUUGGCUAUCCUGGAGAAGUGUGGGGUGAUCCCUGAGGUCCAGAUCAUUGAUGGGAAGGAGGUGGGAGCUGGGACAGUAGCUGCCGGCUACCAGAACUUCAUAAUCUGCAUUGAAAUGCUAUUUGCCGCCAUUGCUCUGCGCUAUGCCUUUACCUGCCAGGUAUACAGAGAGAAGAAGGAAAACUCAACAGCAAACGUGGCCCCAAUGCAGAGCAUCUCUAGUGGGCUGAAGGAGACAAUGAGCCCUCAGGACAUUGUCCAGGAUGCCAUCCACAAUUUCUCCCCCACAUACCAGCAGUACACCCAGCAGUCCAUGCAAGAGGCGGGGACAAAAGCUCCUGGGCAGAUUGGGCACCCGGCACCCAAAGCUGACGGGCAAACUAGCAAAAGAAGCAAAAACAUUGAGAAAAGAGUGCUGAUGCUCUCAGACGAUGAACUGUAGGUGAGAGCUGAGAGGACAGCGGCACGGGAGAUGGUUUAAAAACUCAUUGUCUCUGCAAUCUGACUGGAGCCAAGAGAGAGCAACAGACCUGGACCAGAGAAGCUAAGACCAGCUGUUGCUUUGGAAGGAAAGAAGCAAGAACCAGAGAGGGGUGGGAUGCUGAACUGUGCUUGACUUCUGCUGUCCUGUCCCUGCUGAUGUUGGAGAUUGGUUCUUCUCUAUUCCCAUUAGGCCCCUAUACUUUUGUCAUUCAGUGGUUCCUGUCCACCAACCUGCCCCACUGCCAGUGUUCUGAUGCACGACUGGCAUCUGUAUCCGUACUGUGGGAAUGAUGUGACAGGAAGCAACCAGGACUCCUGAGAGUUCCUACCAGUGCUGCAAGAUGGAGGCUGGAGUCCAGCUCGUCCUCUCGCCUAUGAACAAGGGCAAGGAGGGGAAGAGAACGGCUCUGCUCUAGUGACUCUUGGCCCAAGUAAAAAGAUGAACGGCUCUCAAGCCUCCGGGGAGAAGAGCAGACUGGGAAGUCAGCUGACAUCGCCUCCUGCUCUGACAUUUUGAAAGUUACCAAAGGUUUUUUUUGGUUAGAACUUAGGGAGAAAAAAAUCUCAGUAAUCUUACAGGAAAGGGAGGGAGGGAGAAUUAAUGAGCUAUUUUCUGGUACCUACCUGCCUAAAAUUUAAUAAUCCCCAAGGAAGAGGCUAAAAUGAAAUUAAACUGCUGCUACCUGUACUGCUUCUGGGAGGGGGAACCUCUUUAUUUGUGUCGUAAAAGGACUAUGAUCCACCUUGGAGUGGAUCAAAAACUGAAAUGGAUUCCAAUUGGCGUAUUACAUUGCUUUUCAGGGAAUUGAACUGUCACGACUGUGACUGGCAGGGUUAGGAAUUCACUUACUGGAAACUAUUCUUCUUGAAAACAUUUGCUAUUAAGCAACCCUCCUUAAAUGUAAGAAACAGCUUUAUGUUAAUGCCUAGCAUUUGGCUUCAUUUAGACGGGAGAGAACCAGGACUAUUUAAAAAAAAAAAAAAAAAAAA